UACUUAGAGAUUUGCUUAUCGAUUAAGAUUUCAAGACCCAAGAUUUUGCAUUUUCAAGUUGCACGUCGCCCAACUUUUUUGCUCUUACAUAUGAGCUAUCUACCUAAGGUAAGAGGUGUGUAACCUUAUGCAAAGACGCAUAACGGUACCACCAACGUUUUUUGCGCCCCCGAGCAUGAGCACGAGGCUGAACAUGCUCCUGGCACAAUGUCUCUGUAUCAUGAGACAGCCGACGUACUAUCGGCAACGCCAUCUACAUCUGCAUCUACCUCUGCCUCUACUGGCGGCAACUUGAAAACUCGCAUCUUCGGGAAGAAAGACCUAAAAUCCCCUCCGCAGCAGGUCUACGCCCUGGCCGUCGAGACUUGCAAAUGGAGCCCCGUAUUAAAAGAAGUUAUUGAUAACUCCGACCUCCUACGCCACGAGCGCAAGCUCACCCCUUUACUAGCUCUACUGCUCGUCCAUGACUUCAUCCUCUCCAAGAAGGGCAUUGCGCUUCCAGCCAGCCAUGGUCUUAGGGCUUCAAUCGAGCGUCACAAGGCGCGUCUGAGUGCCGAAUUCACUAGAGCCCGUCUGCGGAGGAAAGCCGGAUCCGUCGAAGCUCUACGGGAGCAAGUCACGGCCGAGUUCUUGGGCGGAGCAGCCGCUUAUCCGCGAUGGGUGCGGGUGAACGCGUUAAAGACCUCCCUCGAAGACCAGUUAGCCACUACUUUUGCUGCCUUUACUAGGGUUCCUGCCGUUGGCGAAGUUACCGCUGCCGCCCCGGGGAAAUUCCUGUACGUCGACGAGCACAUCCCGAAUCUCGUCGCUAUAUCCCCUAGCUUCGAGAUUACCAAGACGGAUGCAUAUACGUCCGGAGCAAUAAUACUGCAAGACAAAGCUUCUUGUUUUCCCGCAUAUCUGCUAGACCCUCGCUCUGAAGACGGCGAUGUUAUUGACUCUUGUUCCGCCCCCGGGAACAAGACGACGCAUCUCGCAGCCAUCGUACACUCUCGUAUUCCGGAGGGAGAGGAGUGUUCUCAGACCGUAUAUGCAUUUGAGAAAGACCCGAAACGUGCGCGGACCUUAGAGAAGAUGGUAAAGCUAGCCGGUGCUAAGGAUAUUACACGAAUGAACUUCGGCCAAGACUUCCUCAAGGUCGACCCGAAUUCUGAACUGUUUGCGAACGUUGGUUGCUUACUCCUAGACCCUAGUUGCUCGGGCAGUGGUAUAGUUGGUAGAGACGAAAUGCCUCCAAUAUAUCUCCCCGAUAUUCCGGGCACGUUCAAGAAGCCACUUCCCAGCUCAAAUCGCAAGCGGAAGCGCGACGGUUCCGACGCCGGUAAGACCGCGCCACAGCCGAUCAUGGUUGACGACGACGGGAAAGAAACCCUGGUUUCCUCCGAGAAGGAAUUGGAGGCACGUCUGGAAGCAUUGUCGUCGUUCCAACUCACUCUACUGCUCCACGCUUUCAAGUUCCCCGCCGCAAAGAAGAUCACCUACUCGACCUGCUCGAUCCACGCCCAGGAGAACGAGCAGGUCGUCCUGAAAGCUCUCGGCUCCGACGUUGCUAAGCAACGGGGGUGGCGCAUCCUGCGGCGAGAGCAGCAGGUUCGGGGUCUACGCGAGUGGCCGGUCCGGGGAUCCGUCGAGGCGAGCGACGGUGACUCCGAGGUCGCCGAGGCGUGCAUACGGUCGUAUAAAGAUGACGGGCGCGGCGUGAUGGGCUUCUUCGUCGCGGGCUUCGUUCGCGACGUGAAGCCUGCUUUCGAGGAUGGGGAUGGUCCGUAUCUCCGUGACGAGAGCGGCCGCAUUAUUGGAGAUAAUGCCACGGGCAUGCCGACUUUCAAGCCGGGCCACGGACCUGCUUCGUUGGGUGGUGGCGGCGGUAAUAAAGUCGGCCAAUCGACAAAAGAUGGAGACGCUCAAGAUAUCGACUCUGGGGAGGCGAGCAGUGCUAGUAGUGACGACGGACGUAGUCAAAGCGAUAGUAGUGAUGGGGGCGGAUGGAAUGGAUUUGACGAUUGAGUUGGAAUAGCCAUUUCCGAAGGACAAUACCCAGUUGAGUUUCAUCUUACGAUAUAUUAUAAAUAUAGAACAACCAAGAAUUGUAUUGGCUACCUACCUAAGUUAGGUAAUUACCUUAUUAGUACAUCCGAGUCACUUGUGCA